AGUUUUAGCUCUUUCGAGCUAACGCGUCUGUUUCUGGUUUGAGGUGAAGUGUGUGUGAUGUCCGGCAGCAGUGAUCGUCUCUGUCCUCUGUUUGUCUAAAUUCUCCGUUUUUUAAAAAUGUUUUUCCUCUGACGUCAUCUCGGUCGACUGCAAUGCUAAUUACGUUAGCUUAGCAUGCUAGCUGGACGUUAGACACUAAAGCUGUUUGAUGUUUGUGAGUUUGUGUGUCUGAGAAAAAAAAAAGUUUGUGAGGUUGUGUGAAAAUGUGUAAAGUCCAAAUGCUGAGAGCGUUGGUGAAGCAGCGACUAACUGCGGCUGCUGAGGAGAUUUUCGGGCUGUUUGAAAGAUCGAUAGCAGAGUACGAGGAGGAACUUUCUCGAUCAAAAGAGGAAAACGAGCGACAGCAGAAACUCCUGGACGCUGUUUUCAGCCCUCAGCUUCAGAUUCACAGAGCAGUUUUACCUUCAGAUGUCCAGAAAGUGAUUGUUGGUGAAAAGGAGCAGCGGGAGUCGAGUUCUAGUCUGGACCAUGAGGAUCCGGAGCCGCGACAGAUUAAAGAGGAGCAGGAGGAGCUGUGGAGCCGUCAGGACGGAGAGCAGCUUGAAGGGCUGGAGGAGGCUGAUAUCAAGUUCACACUCACUUCUGUCCCUGUGAAGACUGAAGAAGACGAUGAAGACAAAGCUCAGUCCUCACAGCUUCAUCAAAGACAAACUGAACAGAUGGAAACAGAAACUGAUGGAGAGGACUGUGGAGGACCAGAACCAGACAGGAACUCACAUCCAGGUAGUCCUUUACGACUAGACACUGAGGACAAGACUGGAGACUUUUCUGAACCCGAUACUGAUGACAGUGGUGACUGGAAGGAGACCAGAGAACCUCAGUCAGGUUUUAACUCUCUGAAAACCAAUGAAGCACUUGUCAGUGGUUCUCACACAGGAGAGAAACCAUUUAGCUGCUCUGAGUGUGACAAAAGCUAUGGAACUAGUGAACAUCUGAAGGUACACAUGAGAUCUCACACAGGAGAGAAACCUUUCAGCUGCACAUUUUGUAAUAAAUCUUUUGCACACAGUGGAAGUUUACACUCGCAUGUGAAAAUCCACACAGGAGAGAAACCAUUCACUUGCACAGUUUGUAACAAAUCUUUCAUACAGAGCGGAAGUUUACAGACGCACAUGAAAAUCCACACAGGAGAGAAACCCUUUGCCUGCUCAGUGUGUGGGAAAGCUUUCACACAAGCGUCAAGUCUGAAACAACACAUGAGCAUCCACACAGGAGAAAAACCAUUCAGCUGCUCAGUGUGCGGGAAAUGUUUCAUUGGAAGUGGACAUCUGAACAGACACAUGAGGAAUCACACAGGAGAGAAACCAUUUAGUUGCUCCAUUUGUGGUAAUAAUUUCACACAAGUGUCAAGUCUGAGACAGCACAUGAGCAUCCACACAGGAGAGAAACCAUUUGUCUGCUCGGUGUGUAAUAAAUCUUUUACACACAGAGGAAGUUUGCAGUUCCACAUGGCAGUCCACACAGGAGAGAGACCAUACAGUUGCACAGUGUGCGAUAAAAGAUUUACACGCAAGGGCCACUUGACACAACACAUGUGCAUCCACACAGGAGAGAAACGAUUCAGCUGUAGCGUUUGUCACAAAAAAUUCGCCUGGCGUCCACAGGUCAAAACGCAUAAAUGUGAUGGUCAUCAGUCCUCACAGCUUCAUCAGAGUCAAUCCGAGGAAAGCAGAGAGGACGAGUCUCCAGCUGGCAGCUCAGCUGGACAGACGGAGGCUGGUGGAGAGGACUGUGGAGGACCAGAACCAGCCAGGAACUCAGAUCCAGAUACACAAUUACAACCAGUUAGUGAGGAUGAUUCUCUAGACUUUUCUGAGACUGAAGUCAGUGUAGAUAAUUGGGAAGAGACCAGAGACCCUCAGCCAGAUACACUCCUUGAAAACUGAUAAUGUCCGCUCAGUGAUUUGAAAAUGUAGCACCGCUGAGAAACCAUUCAUCUGCUCAACCAGUCUGAUGUCAAGACUGCAGACUUUUCCGAACCUGAGACUGCGAUCAUGAUCGGGCCGAGCCCAGAAAAACACGGCUGAGGGGCUUUAUCACCGCAAUAAUGUUUGGUUUUUUUUUCCAAACAUGUCAGAGAAAAUAGAGAAAUUAUUACACAAACAAGCAG